AUGGGUAAAUUCUCUUAUAUCUUUGCUACUGCUGCUGCUUUAACUUUAGGUUAUGCUGUCUAUUUUGACUAUAAUCGUCGUACAAAUCCAGAAUUCAGAAAACAAUUGAAAAAAUCAAAGAAACAUCAUGAAAAAAAAGUGAUAGAACAUGAAAAAGAAGUUAAAUCUGUUAAAUUAGAUACUGUUAGAAAAGCUUUAGAAGAAUCUUUGAAAAAUGAUUCUCCAGUACCAACUGAUCCAUCUGAAAAAGAACGUUUCUUUAUGACUGAAGUUACUCAAGGUGAACAAUUAAGUGCUCAACCAGGUUCUGAAUUAGAAUCCGCUAUACAUUUCUAUAGAGCUUUAUCAAUUUAUCCAAACCCAACUGAUAUCUUAUCUAUUUAUCAACGUUCUGUUCCUCAAGACAUUUAUGAUUAUGUUAUUAUGAUGGUUGCAUUACAACCUCCACAAUCUGUUGCUAGUAUGUUGAGUGAAUCUGUUCAAUUAGAUCAAGAACAAGAUUAA